GUGGAGGAGGAGCUUGGGCUGCCCCUGGGCCAGGUGUUUGCCGGCGACCCCCGCGCGCUGCGCGUGCUGCGCGCCGCGGCCGACAGCGGCUUCCGGCUGCGCGACAGGGCGGCGCACGUGUACUCAGAGGCGGACCGCGUGCUGAGGUUCAGGGCGGCGGCAGAG